AUGUCUGCUCCUCGUACGACUCAUCAUUCUGCUGUUCUACGGAUUCUCCGAUACAUCAAAGGCACUCUCCUUCAUGGGCUUCAUUAUUCUGCUCGUUCUUCCUUAGUUUUGACCGGGUAUUCUGACGCUGACUGGGUGGGAGAUCCCUCUGAUCUCCGCUCGACCACCGGGUUUUGCUUCUUCUUUGGCGACUCGCUUAUUUUGUGGCACAGCAAGAAACAGACGGUUGUCUCCCGGUCCAGUGCAGAGUCCGAAUAUAGAUCUCUUGCCGACACUACUGCCGAGCUUCUAUGGCUUCACUGGCUGCUGGCUGAUCUCGGAGUUUCUCAGUCCUCUGCCACUAUUAUCCAUUGCGACAGUCAGAGCGCCAUGAAGAUUUCGACGAAUGAUGUCUUGCACGAGCGUACGAAGCACAUUGAGAUCUACUGUCACCUUGUACGUCAUCACGUUGCUCAUGGAAACAUCUCCUUGUCUCCCAUUCCCUCUGCUGAUCAGACUGCCGACGGAUUCACCAAGCCUUAUCUUCCCGGCCGUUUUCAGUCAUUCUUGAGCAAACUCAAGUUGGAUUCCACCGUUCCACCUUGA